AACGCUGUUCAGAUAAAAUAUAUCAGAAAAUAUUUUCCGUGAAUCAAAAAAAUUUGAUCGAGGAGAACAUUCUCCGGCCGGAAAAAAUAACCAAUUUUUUGCAUAAAAAAAUUGCACAGUAAUUAUUAAGGGGAAAAAAAGGAGGCGGGCUAUAAGAAAAGGGACGGAAGCGAAUUGAUUGUACGAGCUUCGCUUUUCGCUUCAACUUCCAAACCUCCAACUCUCCGACGAGAAUUAGGGUUUACGAACGACGACGUUUCUUCUCCAAAUUUAUAAAACCCCAAAUCACAUCUCCACUCUAGUCACUACUCGCCGCUGCAAUUUUUAAUCUAGGGCUACAAUUAUAUCAAUCUCUCUCCGAUCUGUCAGGCGAUAAUGGUCUGCCCUUGUAUGAUUAACUGACUGAUGGAUCAGGAGAGCAAGAACUUUGGAAGAGGGCCAAGAGAACUUACAGGGGCCGUGGAUCUUAUAUAUCAUUACAAAUUACUUCCUCAUCACGAGUUCUUCUGCAAGAGGUCACUUCCUUUAUCAAUUUCAGACACACACUAUCUUCACAAUGUUGUGGGGGACACAGAAAUCAGGAAGGGAGAGGGAAUGCAAUUGGAUCAGCUCAUUCAAAGUACAUCAUAUCCAAGAGAGUCAAAUGUACGCAUCCAGCCUUUUGACAUUGACGUCCUUAGAGAAGCAUUUCAAUUAAGGGAAACUGGUCCAGUUGAUCUGCCUACUUCUGAAAAGGGAACUCCCACCAUAGCUGGAAAGUCCAGAAGCGAGUCAAAAGACAAAGAGAAAAAACAUAAAAAGCACAAGGAUAAGGACAGGGAGAAGGACAAGGAGCAUAAGAAACACAAACAUCGUCAUAAAGAUCGAAGUAAGGAUAAGGAUAAGGAGAAGAAAAAGGAUAAAAGCAGUCAGCACCAUGAGAAGAAAAGGAAGCAUGACGGAGAUGAAGAUAUUAAUGAUAUUCACAGGCACAAGAAAAGUAAGAAUAAGAGCUCAAAGAUUAAUGAGAUGGGUGCGAUAAGGGUAGCGGGCUGAGGUUUUUGCGUUGUUAUUAAUUUUUUGUCCUCAAAAUGUUGCUGUUUAGAAUUUGGAGGAGCCAUUGUUUACUUAACAGAUGAUAUGAGAACCAGUUGUGGACUAAUCAAGUUCUAUGGAGGUGAACUCACCUGUAAAAAUUUAGAUUGAUGCAAGUUGCUGAGAUGGAUGAACUUUUUUGUGUCAUUAUGACGGCUCCAAUAUAUUUUGUAGCGGCAUAUAGACAUUUGCCUAUUUAAUAUACCGUGCUUUUGAUGUAUGAUCAUAUUGCCAUGGACUGUUUUCCUGGUCUUGUCUUUUAGAAAUGUUGCCAGUAUUUUUUAGAUAGAGUGAUUUUAAUUCAUAGGUUCUGGGUGGUAGAAAGAAUUGAAGGUUAAUUAAGAAAAUUGUGUAAUAUUAUCUGUGUUUUGUUUAAGAAGAUUGUGUAUAUGUAUAUGCAUUCAGUAGAAAGUAGAUGGUUCUUUAUAGCCUAACAUCAUGAGCGGGAAAGCCCGUCUAAGCUUUGGCAAUGUUGCAAGUUUUUCAGUUGAAAAUGAAUUUGUGGUUGCGAUGAAUA